AUGUGGCUCCUCUGCACAGGCCGUGCCGAACUGCAUCACUUUGAUCGCCCUGAUGAGGUCGAGGGUGGUUACGCCAUCCUCUCCCAUGUCUGGGAUUCCGAUGAGAAGUCGUUCCAAGACAUGCAGGAUUUACGAAAGAGAUGCGAGGCAGAUGGGACUGUACCUCGCGACCACGCCUCCGAUAAGAUCCGUGAGUCGUGCAUCAUUGCUGAACGGCACGGGCACAAGUGGAUCUGGAACGACACCUGCUGCAUCGACAAGAGCAGUAGUUCGGAACUCUCGGAAGCCAUUAAUUCAAUGUAUCGAUACUAUUCCUUGGCAAGGGCAUGCUACGCAUAUCUUCGAGACGUCUCUAGGAACAGCCGGGGAGAGUUGUGCGCAGAUCGCUCAGACUUCCGAGAGAGCAAAUGGCAUAGAAGAGGCUGGACGCUACAAGAGCUCAUCGCGCCUGGGCUUCUAGUAUUCUUGUCGAAAGAAUGGGAAGAACUGGGCACGAAGAUGGAGCUGGCCGAACUACUGCAAGACAUCACGACCGUACCCUCGGCGGUUCUUCGAAUGGAGGCUCCGGUAUCUAGCAUGAGCGUAGCCUGUCGCCUCUCCUGGGCUGCAGGACGCGAGACGAGACGUUUGGAAGAUCAGGCGUACUGCUUGAUGGGCAUUUUCGACAUCCACAUGCCCACUCUUUACGGGGAAGGCCAACACGCGUUCCAUAGACUUCAGGAGGAGAUCAUGAAGAAUUCCACGGAUACCUCGCUCUUUGCCUGGGACAGUGAU